UUUCAUUUCUCCAUCAUAAAAAGAAAUAUAUGAUUUUUGGUGAGAAUUGUGAAAGAGGGAAAAUAAUAGCCACCCACUAGUAUGUAUAUAUAUCAUCAAAACCAUGAACCAUAGUCCACCGUUUUUCUCUCCCUCAAGUCAAAUCACAACUAAACAAACAUCUAUCAUUCUCCUCCCAUCAUCGAUCAUUACAGACGAGAAGAUGGUGAAAUCCUGUGAGCUGUGUGGUGCAGAAGCCGAUCUCCACUGCGCCGCGGACUCCGCUUUCCUCUGCCGCUCCUGCGACGCCAAGUUCCACGCCUCUAACAUCUUGUUUUCCCGCCAUGUCCGCCGCACCAUCUGCCCUUGCUGCAAAUCCCUCACCGGAGAUUCCUUCUCUGGUCCUCUUUCCCCUUCGCCUCGGACGACAGCCUGCUGCUGCGGAUCAUCUUCGGAGUCUUCUUGCUGCUCGUCGCUGGAUCGUGUCUCAAGCUCCGAGCUAUCGUCGACGAAGACGUCGCGUGCCGUCGUGAACAAAGCGCGAGGGAGGGAAAAGAGAGUGAUGGCAGCUGCGGAUGGCGUUUUGGUAAAAUGGUGCGAUGAGUUAGGACUAAACGGAGAUUUGAGAAACGCCGUCGUUUCGUUGGCGUCUCUCGCUUUGGCCGUGGAGAAGCCGACGAAGGUGAUUUUAGCGGCGGCGUUUUGGUUCGGCGUUAGGAACUCGCCGAAGAAGGUGAUGCGGCCGAGUCUAAAGAAGGUGGCUGAUGUGAGCGGGGUUGCAGCUGGAAUGAUACGAGCCGUCGAAAGCAAGCUGGCGCGUGCAGUGACGUUGCAGCUUAAACGGUGGCGCGUGGACUCGGAGGAAGGAUGGGGUGAAAACGAGAAUGGUAUGUGACGUGGGUCCCGUAUUGCACCUAGGCCUUUUAGUGAUACAAGUUAUAUGUAUCAUCGACGUGUUGAUUUUUCUGUCCAAACGUUUAAAAUGGUUUUGAACCUCGUGAGAUGAUAGAAAAUUCUUUAGUAGUGUGGAGAAUCUGGAGAUUAAAAUUCCAAAUCGUUCUUCAAGUUCAGUUACUGUAAUGAUUAAUAAGACCAUAAAGAAAAGAAAAACAUAAUAUAUUUGAUCGAAA